AUGCAGCGAAUGGACAAGGAUAACUCUCAGUUUGCUUUGCACAAUGUACCUGAGGUCACAAACGAACCCACCAAAAUUAUAAAGAAGGCCCACCGCACCACUCUUUCGUUUCAAGAAACUCCAUUCCAUGAACACCUUCAUAUGAUCAAACUAAAAGCUAUCAAUCUCUGGGGUGAGAAAGACACAGAAAAUCUUUUCCACUAUGUCCACAGUCGGCGCAUGCUCCUCUCAGUCAAGAAAUUUAUCCAUAAAAGUGUCACAUUUCCUCAACUCCAACUCGCAGUUAAUCAUGCUAUCCUAUUCCGAGUUCUCAACGGCCCUAAAGCUUGGGUAGGGAAAGGCAUCACGACCGUCGACCUUAAUCGCGCCUUUAACAUGCCAAAUACUUCUCCUCUCCCAUACCAGGAUGUUCGUCGACAUAACCUUAUAAUGAACAAUGAUGGAUUCCUUGGCGGGAUUGAAUCUGGGCCUCACACCGACAAAAGUGUCAAUUCAAGUCUUAUUCGUGAUUUGAUUGAUGAUGGUAACGAAGGUGUUCAAGAAUGUGCUCCUUCAUUUUUAUCUACCGCCCAACAAGGAAGCUCAGGGGUACUGGCUGGUAUCGAAAAAGAGAACCUACAAAACAAUACAUCUGGCUCGACUAUAUCACAGAUUGAAUCAUUCACGAUAGAGCAUCCGCCGAAUCCCUCAAGACCGCAAGAGCCUGCUUGUGAUCCUCCAAUUACCCAAGCCGCCAUAAAAGCCCUUGAUGCUAAAUCUAAUGUUAUCUGGGUUCCCUCCCCUCAGUUGAGUUCGAGUGCAGACCCAGACACAGACUCAGACUCGGAUGCUCCGCUCAAGACAAAGAGGAAACGUUGUUCCUGUAGGAUACCAACAAGCUUAGCUCAACGGAUCCAGAGGAAAGAUAUUCAAAGCCCUAAGCAGGAAGCGGCCGAAAUCGUGCAUCUCAUAAGGAGGGAACAGCAAAUUACUCAGAAAACGAUCUGCAAGAGCCACGCAAAAAGACUCUGUGGGCUGUUCGGAUGUCAUGUUCGAGCCAUCAAUCAUCAAGACCUGAUUCAGAGGUUGGUGUUUUUAUAUAGCUAUCGUGGACACAUCGAUCAAGUCUAUGAAAAGAGGCCUCACUGGUGGCCACCAACAACGAAGAACAAACUGGCCCGUUGA